ACCUCCAUGUGAAAACUGCUCUUGGCUGGGAACUGUGGGAGUUCAACUGAGCCGUUGGAAUACAUUGUCUUCAUCUGGGCGCACUAUCCCAUCGGCGGCAUUAACAAGGAAGGAAUUCCUCUAUCACAGCUCCCACAACAAAGAAGAAAGAGAGAGGAGCAGAGCUGGUGGGAGGAGAAGUGAAGUGAGGGGAGGGGAGGGGUGCAGUGUGAGGGGAGAGGAGGACAUUGUUUGCCUGUGACUGUGGGCAACAGAAAAGCAUGAGUUAUCAGGGCAUGUGUGAGUGUGUUUAGAAAGUGUGUUUGUAUGUGAGCAUGUGUGAAUGAGUGGACUUGAUUGAGUGUGCGUUGGAGGGAGCAUGCAUGUGUAUGUGUAUGUGAGGAGUCUUCAGUUUGGGAUGUUGGGAGCUGGGAGGCCGUUCAAAGGAUGCUCAAACAAAGCUGGAUUUUUUUUUUCUUUCACUCCUUUUUGAAUGGUGAUUGAGGACUGGCUGGAUUCCUUUACUCAUGCUGUUGGGCUCUGCUUCAGGGUAGCUGAAGGAUCUUCCGCAUGCAUGGCCGAGGGGCCUUACCUCACCUAUUACUACCUCACUAGCCUCUGGGCUGAAGGAUUAUGGGUAACCUCAUCAGCAGGCCCAGCUGCCUGGGCCAGAAGUCCAAGCAUGUGAGGUCAGAUGAGGACUUCCUGAAGGAGUGCUACCAACGACGAAGAGAGUGGCAGCCACAGGAGCAACAUGGGGAGGCCAAAGGACAAGAUGUUGUCAAAGACAAAGACAAGGAGGAUACGAACAAGGAAAGAGAGGUAGAGAGAGACAAGGGGGCACAGGAAAUAGAUCUUAAGAGGGAGGAGGGGGCUCAUACUCCCGUUUCGGACAAACUCCUCCGCAGCUCCCCUGCUUCCACAAUCAGGAGCACCAGUACUCUGGAUAAUGCCUGGCAUAGCAGCCCUUCUCCAAUAAAAACAUCCCGGAAUGGGACACUAACAAGGAGAAUGGUGCCUCCAGAGUUUGCCAGAUCUCCUCUGGCUCACCCUGACAAGAACGCUGCAGAGAGAAGGGCCAGCUUCCAGAGAAGAGACUCUAGAGAAGGCAGUCCCUGGUCCUGGAAGACUGUGGCAUCACGUGAGGUUACGGAGGUGACGGAAGUGACAGAAACAAUCGUAACUGAAAUCGUUGAAGUGACAGAGUAUCCAGCAGGAGAUAAAGGAGGGGAUCCUAUAGUCACCAGAACUGUUAGAGUCCUCAAUGGAGUCGCUGAGGAACUCGCUCAGCUCCAAAGUGAUGGGCACUCAAGCUCAGACCAGGAUUCCUGCCUCGAUAAAUGGAGUGGAACAAGAUCUACCUUGGCACUGCGGGAUGUGUCUACAGAUUGUGAGACAUUCCUCCAAAACCUGGAAUCAUUGCUCACAUGGGUAUAUGAGAUAGAGGAGCUCACAGCCAAUCAGAAACCACCAUCCUCAGAGGUCAAAGUGGUGAAAGCACAGCUUCAAGAACAAAAGCUCUUGCAACGCCUUCUAGCCGACCGACGGCGCAGCAUGGACACAAUGAUGUUGGAGGGCCCUCGCCUGGUGGAGGCCCACCCAGGAGAGGAGGGGGAGCAGGCAAAGGUCAAGCUCUCCACUCUCAAACAGAAGUGGGAGGCCUUACAGCUGGAGGCAGAGCAAAGGAGGGCGAGUCUGGAGCUCAUUCUGCCCAGGGCCCAGCUCUUCCAGGACGGAGUAGAGAGCCUGCAGCAAUGGCUCAUAUCUGUGGAACAGGUACUAGCGGAACUACGCAAUGCAGAGAGAGUGAUGCUGCAUCUCUCAGAGGCCACAGAUCGGGCCAAGGCUGUUGUUGAAGAGAUUCAAGUCAAAACUGCUGACCUAGGAAAAAUACAGAAGUCAGGUCAUGAUCUAAUGGAAGCAAUCUCAGAGGAGGAGGCCCAGCAGGUGCAGGAGAAGAUGGAUGCUCUGCGUAUCCGUUGCUCUGUGCUGAGUCUGAGCAGUCUGGAUGUGCUGCAGAGGCUGGAGCAGGCCCUGGAGGCCUCUAGUCGCUGUACAUCCAGCCAGGAGGACCUUCAUCUGUGGCUGGGCCGCAUCGAAAGGGAGCUUCUGGGGGCAGCAGGAGCACAGACACAUGCCGGAGAUGCAGUACUAUGUUCAGCUGAGAGACAGAGGCUGGAACAGGCGGUGGUGAAAGAGAUGGCUUGGUUCAGAGACACAGCGCUAAGUCUUGAAAAGCUGAAAACCAUUAAUCUGGACCCAGAGCUCAUAUCUGAACAACUCUAUGAGCAGAAGAUUUUGGCUGUGGAGAUUCUCCAGCACAGGUUCAACAUUGAGAAGAUGGUGAAGAUUGCUGAAAUCUUGUUAACAUACAGUGAUGAAGGGGAAACAGGCGAUCUGCAGACCCCAUUAGAGGCCUUACAGGAACAAUGCAACACCACCUCAGCCACCAAUUCCCAUGUGGUCCUGCAGCUUGAGCAUGCUCAAUCACUUCUUCUCCAGUUCUCAGAGGGCCUCGCUGAGGUUUCACCCUGGCUAGAAGAAACUCAAACCCUUAUUGGCCAGCUCUCCCUGAGCACAAUUAGCUAUGAAGCAUUUCGGGAACAACAGGAUCUCUUACAGGGUCUGAGGGAGUCUAUAGCAGAACACAGACCCUUGAUUGCACGCUUAUGCUCUCUGGCAAAGCGCUUGUCAGAGCUAAACCCCACUCAGGGGGAUGAGUUCUGUCGCAAAGCUACAGAGGCCGAGGAACAGCAUAGAGCCAUUAGAGACCGGGUCAAGGAGACUGCCAAUCUACUCGAGGAGUCUCUACCUCGAUUCACACAGCUGAAUGAGAGGAUGACUCUUAUCAGAGAAAGUCUUGACCGCCUGUGCAGUCGCAUGCAGACUCCCACCUCCCUUCAAGGCCUCACGCCGAGGAUCCAGGAGCAGCUGCAGGAUAACAAGUACACCCUGACUGAGCUGUCCAAGCUGGAACUGGGCCUCACCAGUAUCAAGACACAGGCGGACGAGCUGCUGGCUAACACACAGGCAGCUGGUGAUGGAUCCAUAGGCACAGCAAUCCAGGAGCGAGUGUCCAGCCUAUCCCAGCUGUGGGAUGAGACACAUGCUCAGGCCCAGGAGAAGGAAAGCUGGCUGCUCAAACUCUUGGAUCUCGCCAUGAAGUUCUGGAGUGAUGUCAGCGAUGUCACGGCUGCUCUCAAUGAUGCUCAGCAGGCAGUUUUGGAUCUCAACGCAAGUCGGACAGAUUCCGAAACAAUCCGCCAGAGCCUUGAAACCAUGCAGACUCUCAGGGAGGAUAUUGACAGUUUACAAGGAGAUUUGGACACUCUUGGUGUUCUGGGAAUGGACCUGAUGUCAGCAUGUGGAGAUACAGACAAACCAGAUGUCACAAAGAGUCUAGAUGAACUCUAUUGUACAUGGAACAACCUGAGCAAACUGUGGAAUGAAUGUCACAAAAAGCUGGAGGAGGCCUUGCAGAUGGCCUUACACUAUCAAGACACUAUGCAGGGUCUUUUUGAGUGGUUGAAGUCAGCUGAGCUGAGGUCUACUGAAGAGUUCAUGGUAGGAACUGACCUGGAAUCAGUCAAAGAGCAGCUGCGUGAUUUCAAGGAAUUUAAGCGAGAACUCUACCAGAAGAAGAUCGAGAUAGAAAGCCUGAACCAUCGCUUUGUGUGCCGGUUGUCUCCUGGCUCAGAGCGUCCAGGCUCUGUCUCACCGCUGUGUGACUUUAGACUGCGCUGGGACAGCCUGGAGUCAGAGACUGUCAGCAGACAGCAUCAGCUGGAGUGUGCUCUGCUGGGUCUGGGUCAGUUCCAAAACACACUGGAUGAGCUGCACACAUGGCUGGCCCGCACCGCUGAACAACUGCAGGGCAGCCAGCCAAUCAGCAUCGACCUGCAGGCCUGUGAAAUAGAGCUGGCUAAACACAAGGUCUUGCAUAAUGAUGUCAUGUCCCAUGCCCGCACGAUGGAGUCCCUGAACCAGGCAGGCAGGGGGCUGCUGGAGGUUGGGUCUGGGGACAGCUCACACGGUCUACAGUCUCAACUGGAGCAACUCAAUGAAAGCUGGGAGUUUGUCCGCUGUGAGACCGAACGCAGGCAGCUGGAAUUAGAGAACAGACUCAGUCAGGUGCAAGAUGUUACAAUGGAGAUUCAGGACCUUCUGCAGUGGCUGGAGAACACAGACCUGAGACUCUCGUCCUUCAAAACCAUGUGGGGUAUGCCAGACUCUGCUGCUGAAAGGCUCAACGCACACUUGGAGUUGUGCAAUGAGAUGGAGUCAAAGCUCCACGCCUACACAGAUGUGAAGAAUGCCAUCCACAGGAUGCUGGAAAGAAGCAAUGUUGUGCGGGGCUCGAGCACUGAACACAGCAUGUCUAUUCUUGAACAGAAAUGGGCAUCUGUUUACAGCAAAGUCCAGGAGCGAAAGGCAAAGCUUACCAAAGGAUUGAGUCUGGCCAAGGAGUUCCACAGCAAUGUCCAGGAACUACUCACUAAGAUGACUAAGUGUGAGGAGUCAAUUGGACUUCUUCCUGCUCCCAGCUUCGUUCUGGACACAGUUUGUACUCAGCUGCAGGAUCACAGAACACUGGUGAAUGAGGUGAACGUUUACGGUGAGAAGAAGAUAACUGUGGAAAAUGCAGGCUGUAGACUAACAGAACUGAGCAGGAAGGAAGACUGUGAUGUUAUUCAUAACCUAAUCAUGACAGUCCAGGAUCGCUACAAAAAGCUACAGCAACGCACUUCAGAAAGAGGCAGGAUGCUGGAGGAGGUCAAAAAGAAUGCCAAACAGUUUAAUGAAUCUUGGCGCCUACUAGUGGACUGGAUGACGGAGGUAGAACAAACAUUAGACACACAUAAAGAGAUUGCAGUGUCCCACGAGGAGAUUAAACAGCAACUGACUGAGCAGAAGGAGUUCCAGAAACUGCUGAGAUCAAAGCGGCCCAUGUACGAGGCCACGCUGAAGAGUGGCCGCAGCCUUCAUGAAAGAGCCCAAACCAGCCACGACAGACAGCAUGUGGAAAACCUCCUUGCUGAACUCAAAGACACAUGGGACACAAUCAGUGGCAAGUCUAUGGAGAGACAACAUAAGCUAGAGGAAGCAUUGCUGUUCUCAGGCAGAUUCACCGAUGCUCUCCAGGCCCUGAAUGACUGGUUGUAUAGGGCAGAGCCACAACUAGCUGAGGAUGUUCCUGUCAGUGGAGACAAGGACAUGGUCAACAAUCUGAUUGACAAACACAAGGCAUUCCAAAAGGAGCUGGGGAAGCGAGCUGGGUGCAUUAGGACCCUGAAGCGCUCUGUGAGGGAUCUGACCAGGAGUAGCACAGCUGAUGCUCACUGGCUGCAGGAGCAGAUGGAUGAACUGGAGGGCCGCUGGGAGGCAGUGUGCAAGCUGUCAGUCAGCAAACAGGACAGACUGGAGGUUGCACUUCAGCAGGCUGAGAAGUUUGAUGGUCUUGUCCACUCUUUCAUGGAGCGCCUCACUGAGGCAGAGAGAAUAUUGAAAUAUGGGGUCAUACCAGAGGAGGAGGAAGGUUUGCUUGCCUUCCGCAAACAACACGAGGAGUCAAUGGCUGCCUUGCAGGCUCAGGUGGUGGAGUUACAGAACAUCCGGUGUCUGGGUGAAGAGAUCCUGGCCUCUUGUCACCCAGAUUCCAUAAUCACCCUCAAAUCUUGGAUGAGUGUCACCAAGACCCGCUAUGAGGAGGUUCAGACAUGGGCCCAGCAGCAGGGCCAGAAGAUCCAGACCAGCUUGUCAGCACUGGAGGCAGAGAGAGAGGAAGUCCAGAGGUUGUUGGACUGGAUCUCCUCUGCAGAGGAAGCCCUCGACCUCAGAGACCAAGAGCCACUGCCUGAGACUAUGGAGCAGAACCAAGAACUCAUUGAGCAGCACAGGGUAUUCAUGGAGGAGUUGAAUAAAAAGUUCCCAGAGGUUGAGCAUGCUACAAAAUCCUGCAAACACAAAAGCAUUUCUAAACAGCAGAUUUCCCCCAGCAAACGGCCACUCACAAAGAGGAGGAGCACUCUGAAGCUGCAGCCUGCUGCACCGAUUCCUCUGGAGCACCUUGACCCCCAGACUCCACAGCUCAGUCAGCUGGUCAGUCGCUGGCAGAAACUUUGGCUGCUGGCUGUGGCGAGACAAAGCCGUCUGGAACAACACCAGCAAACACUCAAAGAGAUGGAAGAAUUUGCAAACUUUGACUUCAAUAUUUGGCGAAAACGUUACAUGCAGUGGAUCAGUCAUUUGAAGUCUCGGAUCUUGGAUGUGUUCCGCAGCAUCGACCGGGACCAGGAUGGACGCAUCAGCCAGAAGGAGUUUGUCGACUAUGUCCUCGCUUCUAAAUUUCCCACCAACUCUCUAGAGAUGAAUGCGGUGGCAAACAUCUUUGACAUGAACAGCGACGGCUUCAUCGACUACUAUGAGUUUGUGAGUGCACUCCAUCCAAGCAGAGAUCCCUACAGGAAAACAUUGGAUGUAGACCAUAUCAAUGAGGAGGUGAGCCGACAGGUGUCUCAGUGUAACUGUCCCAAGAGGUUCCAAGUGGAGCAAAUAAGUGCCAAUAGAUACAGGUUUGGAGAUUCCCAACAGUUGCGGAUGGUUCGGAUCCUGCGUAGCACGCUGAUGGUCAGGGUGGGAGGAGGCUGGACUGCUCUAGAUGAGUUCCUGGUUAAAAAUGAUCCCUGCAGAGUAAAAGGUCGGACCAACCUGAAGAUCAAGGAGAAGUACUUGUCUCCUGCAGGAAGCACUUCCAAGGGUUUGACUGUCAGCAGGUCCAACUCAAGCCUCAGCCUCUACAGCAGUGCCUCCGCCCCCACCAGCCCUAUGACACGCAAGGCAUUACUGCGCAGGAGUUUCUCAGGUGACCGCUGCAUUCGUCCCAGGAGCUCCAUAGCUGCUUUGGGAUCUGAUCUACAGUUUGUCACAACAGGGGAAGGCAACUUUCCCUCACCAUCAGACGAAGCUGAGAGGUUACCCACAUGAUUACCUCUGCCUCUGAGCACCACAUGUAUGCUGCAGUGCUUAACCCAAACACAGCCUUGAGGCCUCGAAACAGCGAUAGAGGGGUCAAAAAAACAACGCAUCAGUCACAUCAGAAAAGCAGACGCUGAAGAAAAAUUACAGAAAAGGUCACCAGUGGUGAUGCUAAAGGGUC